GUCUUGCGAAAUAUACCACGUUUUCUUUUUACAUUGCGGUUUGUUUAUUUUUGACGAAAAUUAGUGAUAAUCUGCAGCAGAGAGCCAGGAUUCUGGCAGCCCGGCCCCGAGUCCCACCAACUCCGCGGCAUCAGAACCAGCGCCCACCUUAGUGCACAUCAAGCAGGAGCCCAUGGCGCCAGGCACAGACGUCAAAGAGUACUAUGGCAACUUAGACUUCGGCAUUCCAGAUGCCUACCUCCCACAAAAUUUCGCAGAUUACGGACGAAACUUUCUACCCAGAAAUCUAGAUUUACCUCAUCAAGGCUUCCUUGAUUCGGAUAAAAGUCCUGAUGAAAAAGACGAUUCAAAUAAAGAUGGUGACGUUGAUAACUCAGAAUACAAUCUGCCCAAUGAGCUGGUGAUAAAGAAUGGCGGAGUAUUCGCGAGAUGUAGUAUACCAGUUGGCACUAAGUACGGACCAUUCACCGGCAAAUGGGAGACGAAGCUUGUGGACAGAAGAUACGCUUGGGAGGUAUUGGGCAAGAAUGGUUUCCGUGGAUGGCUGGACGGCUCAGAGGACAGGAGCAACUGGCUGAAACUGGUGCGCCGCGCUGUUGACUACCCACAGGAUGUCAACGUGCAGCACCUUAUGGUCGCAGGACAAAUUUGGUACAAAGUGACCCAAGAGAUUUCAGCUGGACAGGAGCUAUUGCUGGGCCCUCGCACGCCGCUUCCUCUGCAAGACGUCUUAGCUGCCGUCGGCAGUGAGAGUCCUAACGUGAACUCAGGCAGCACAGUCUCCCACUCGACCGAGGAAGAAGAAAGAGAAGACGUCGAGCCGCGGUGCUCCUUCUGCGACUCUCCCUUCCCAAACAUCGACGUCCUCGACCGUCACCUGAUUCAGUCGCACGCGCAGCCGGCGGCGGCGUUUCACUGCGAGCUCUGCAACCGCGCCUAUAGCUGCCGUGCCCUGCUGCUGCGACACCGCGCCCUCGCCCACACCGACAUCAGGAAAUACCCCUGCGAGAACUGUCCCAAGGUAUUUACCGAUCCUUCCAACCUGCAGCGCCACAUCCGCGCACAGCACGUGGGUGCGCGCAGUCACGCCUGCCCCGAGUGCGGCAAAACCUUCGCCACCUCCUCCGGCCUCAAACAGCACACGCACAUACACUCCAGCGUCAAGCCCUUCCAGUGCAAGGUCUGCUUUAAGGCCUACACUCAAUUUUCCAACUUGUGUCGCCACAAACGAAUGCACUCUGCGUGCAGAGCGCUGGUGGAGUGCGGCAAGUGCGGCCAGUCCUUCACCUCGUACGCCUCCCUCACCAAACACAAGAGGUUCUGUGACACAGCCUCAGCCGCCAACGUCAACUUGCGAGGUCAACUGCCUCAAGGACUUCCGCAAAUCCCCCAACUUUCAAACGUGGGAAUGAACACUCCGAAUAACACUAAUCCAUUCCCAAUGUAUCGGGGACCAGCUUUACCUCUGCCAUAUAAUACAUUUGCUCACUACCCAGCGCUGUUCUCCGCCGCGGCUGCAGCUUGUCCGCCGGAAUUUUUGAAUCCCCUAUUAUUUAAUGUACAGGGGGCGAGACUAGCUAUGGAACAUGAUAUGGCAAUGAGUGCUAAUUUGGCAUCGAAACUAAAAGACGAAAGAUUGUCUGUGAAAAGCAUGGACAGUUCAACUUCCCUCGAUGAUGUAAAACGGAAUAAAGAUUCAGACUUUAGUAUGAUUAAGCGAGAGGAAAACGCUGACAGGAUUACUCCCACGCAACACCAUGGACUUUACGUAAAACCAUCUUUGUCCUCAACAGAAGAAUCUUCUUCGCAGCCACGUAACUCACCUGUAAAGUCCUUACAGGCACCAAUAAAUACGUUUAAUCCUUUUGCAAGAGAUGACGUCAAACAAAAUUCUCCAUUUAACUUAUCUGUAAAUAAUAACGAUCUUGUUGCAAGAAAAUCAGUAUCGCCUUCUGGAGCUAAAGAUUUAUCUAAGAACGUGGUAGAUGACAUUGACAAACGUUCUUCUUUAUCAGAUACUGAGGAUAAUGCUAAGAUAGAUCAAGGUGACCAACCGUUAGACUUGUCUGUUACAAAAAAGCAGAACGAAAAAGAAUCUGAUUUAGAUAUUGACGAACCUUUAUCGAUUAAGUCGUAUUCGCCUCCAGAAAGUCCGAUAGAGCGAGAAAGCAAGACACCAGAAAAUGACACUACAGACGUCGAUGUAGAGGGAGUUGAACCAAAACAUGAAGAUUCAUCGCAACAAAUGAUAUCCGCACCGCUGGCUUUCCCUAUGCCAGUGCAUCCUCAACACAACAACAGUCUUAUAGAUGCUAUGUAUCGCCCGCGAUUUCCGUCCUUCCACCCAGCUUCCGAUUCCCUUCUAAAUAGUUCGCACUCUCCCUACGUUCCUAGUCCAUUCAAUUUUUUAUCCCCACUUCUCGGUACUGACGGACCAGAUAGACAACCGAGUGCAUAUGCAAAGUUUAGAGAAUUAAGUGCUGGAACGGGAAAACUUAGAGACAGAUACGCUUGUAAGUUUUGUGGAAAAGUAUUCCCCAGGAGCGCAAAUUUGACGCGACAUCUUAGAACACACACUGGCGAACAACCGUACAAGUGUAAAUACUGCGAGAGGUCUUUCUCGAUUUCAUCCAAUCUUCAACGACACGUGCGAAACAUACACAAUAAGGAACGUCCUUUCCGAUGUCCGCUAUGUGACAGAUGUUUCGGUCAGCAAACAAAUCUGGAUAGGCACUUAAAGAAGCACGAGGCGGAAGGUGGAGAUUCGCCGAGCUCGGCCGACACCGAGAGAGGGGAGGAUGCUUACUUUGAUGACAUUAGGUCCUUUAUGGGCAAGGUGACCUGCUCGCCGGGGACCCGGAGUCCGACCGCGUCGUCUCCUCACGGCGCGCACCCCGCGCACCCCGCGCACCGCCCCCCUCUCGCCAUAUCCACAUAGCCGGCGGCGUAUUCGCUGCCGCCUCCGCCGCCGCUGUGGCCUCAGCCAUUUGGAUAGAUACAUUAUAUUAUUAAUAAUCCCUAAUGUUUAUUCUUCUACAUUAAAAGACAGAAAUGAUAACGGUCCUUUACUCUUGUAAAUGUAACGUAAAUAUGCUGAUGUUGCACGUAAAUAAUUCCUUAGUAAUUAAUAUUUACUGAAUGAAUUAGUUUGUAUAAAUAAAGUAAACAACAGCAAUUUUCGUUAAAGAAACAAGAGAGAUUCUAUUUACACAGUUUCCAAAUAACUCUAAACUUAAAGUGCACAUAAAUUAUGGAGAACAAUUUUGUGAUUUUGCGUUUUUUCGCUAUUUCAUCAAUUAUGAUUGCCGUCGUUGGUACUUUCGUAUGCAUUAAAUAUAUUAUCAUGACAUUAGCGAAUUAGAAUUACUCGUAUUUAAGGUGACGCCGGCGAUAACGGUCUAGUAGACUUUAAUUACGUUCCUAGAUAUACUUCAGUGAUUUAAGGGCGUUUUAAUAUUGUAAAUGACUUCCUAUAACUGCAGUGUUUUGUAUAGAAGUUAAUGUUAGUCGUAUGUAUAGCAUAGAAUAUUGUUUAUUGUAAAAUAUUGCGAGUAAAGUCGAGGAGUGGAUCAGUUAAAAUGUUGUCAAUCUCUCGUUAAGUCGUAAACGCUACCAAAGUUUUUUUUAUAAUGACAAAUUUGGUUAAAUGUAAUUAAAAAAAAUUAAUAUAAAU